AUGACGGAACUGGACGCAGUUGACAGCAACGCCACCCUUCGGCGUAGGAAGGAACCUCUCAAUAGGCGCAGACAAAACUUCAAUAACCUGCUAAGGAACAAUCAACUAGGAAUUAUCGAUAACCCUUUGAACUACGUGACCCCCGAUGAACUAGACAAUGAUGUGCACCAAUUUUAUAAAUACCAUCACCUGGAACAUGUGGUCGAAGAAGAACUCCUUCUUAGAGGUGCUCGCUUGGCUCGUGAUGGGGUGAAUUAUCAAAAUUAUACCGAAGUUGAGAGAAAAGCAUUAGAAGAUGAAGACAGACCAACUCUUCCUUCCCAACCGAGGGCGUUGCAGACGAUUCUUCUGGCGUGUUCGAUUGGUGCUAUAGUGCAGGGAUGGACGCAAGCAAACUUGACUGGGGCAGAUCUAAGCUGGCCAGGAGAAUUGUUCGGAGCUAGAAAUCGCCCAUUUACAAACGCUGAGACUUGGAAAUUCGGAGCUGUGAAUUCGAUCACGUAUUUCUCUUGCGCCUUAUUGGGUGGAUGGCUGUCGGACCCCCUGAGCGAGCACGCGUACGGUAGGCGUGGCGCUCUUUUCAUCGCCGGGCUCUUCUCCCUUGCGUCCUGCAUCGGCUCGGGUUAUGUCAACAGCUGGCAGGGGUUGUUCGCAUGUAGAGUUACUCAAGGUAUUGGCAUGGGAGCCAAAGCAUCCAUUGUUCCUAUUUUUGAAAGCGAGGUCAGUCCGGCAAAAAUCAGAGGGCGCUUCCUUGUCUCGUGGCAAACAUUCGUUGCUUUCGGAAUCUUUUUGGGCUCUUGUUCGAACAUCAUUUUCCACGAUUCCUGGAGAUGGCAACUUGCAUCGGGUUUCAUUCCGGCAGUGCCUCUUCUCUUCUUAGUUUUAGUUUGCAGCGAAUCUCCCCACUGGCUUAUGAAACAUGGUCGUUAUGUCGACGCAUGGAGGGCUUAUCGCGGUCUGCGAGAGACUCCAUUGCAAGCUGCUAGAGAUUUCUAUCAACUUCAUUGUCAACUUCAGGUCGAAAGCAUUCUCCUUGGUUCAGAAAACGAACCAGACGAAGAAAAUCGUGGGCCUCUAUCCAAACAAACAAAUUUCUUCCAGCGAUUUGGGCAACUCUUCACCAUUCCUCGUAAUCGAAGAGCUUCGUUGGCCGCUUGUGUUGUUAUGGCUUCGCAACAACUCUCUGGAAUAAACAUUUUUGCAUUCCUGUCCAAUACUUUUAUCAGCAAUUCCACCUCUUUUAGCACCCCCAACAUAUCACAUAUCAGAAUUCUUUCUCUCAGUUUGGGUUUUGCUCUAGCAAACGCCGUUUUCUCCUCACUAGCAUAUUUCACCAUCGACAGCAAAGGUCGUCGCUUCCUUCUGCUCCUCUCAUUGAUACUCAUGGUACCCUUACUCAUUGCAGCAGGCCUUAGUCUAAAAAUUAGCCACGCCCACCCAAACAACUCAGUUCGUGUGGGAGUCUUCGAGACGUUCCUUAUUUUAUACACGGCAGCCUAUUCGCCAGGUGCAGGAGUGGUCCCGUUUCUGUACUCGAGCGAGAUAUUUCCUAUGGUCCAUCGCGAGGUCGGUAUGUCUCUUAGCUGCUCGGUAAAUUUUGUUCUUGCCGGGAUCCUCGCUUUGACAGUCCCGCAACUUCAAUUCCAUCUGGGGCAAACUCGUCUACUUUGUCUUUUUGCAGGACUUGACGCACUCGCUGUCAUACUAGUGUGGCUCUUCGUACCCGGCACACGCAAAGCAGUCUCGUUAACUAUUUUCAACUAUAUAUUUGGUGUUCCCACUCGUGUCCACGUCAGAUACCAGGUUUCCACAGUCUUUCCUUGGGUGCUGACGUCGUGUAUUCCCUGGUUGAUCAAAGACUACAUACCAUGGAUCUUAAGGUGGUAUUUCUGUUGCGGUGCUGGAAGCUACGAAUGGUCCUACGUAAGGGAACGACUACCUCAUUUGCACGAGUUAUAUGUUUGGAGAGAUCUGAGAAUGAUUAGCCGUCGUGAACAAGGUCAUCAGGACGCAUCUGAUUCCGAUAAUACAGCUGAUGGGUAA